ACCUUUUUCUCAUUAUUAUUGGCCUAUUUCGCUUUAUUAUCAUAUAAGACAGUAGGCUAUUUUGUGCCCGUCCUGUUUCUGAGACAGCGGUUAGAAGGACAUGCAAGUGUGAAAAACUUUUCACAGAAGUUGAGUGUUCGGCGUAUUUCCUUAAAUGAAACUCAAACGUUAGGAGGAAGUGGCCAGACCUCUUAUUAUACACUAACAUGAAGCGGAACCAGUCGACAUCUCUGGUGCUUUAGUAAAAACUGCGCGUUGUUAACUGCGUUGACCGGCUCAGGCGCCGAGGUUUGGGCUUGAUUUGAGGGAUUAAGCGAUUCAGAGAUGGAGGACAGCGGUGGAGUUUUGGCUCUUCAGGAGUACAUCAGCAGUGUCCAUCAGUCGUCCUUACCGCGCAUUCUGCAGGUCUGCUCCGGAGUUUAUUUUCAAGGCUCAGUGUAUGAGAUCUCAGGAAGUGAGGUCUGUCUGUCUACUGGUGACUUGGUGAAGGUAACAGGUUUCGAGCUUUUGUCUGUCUCUUGUGAGGACAUUAGCAAUAAUACAUCAUUUGAGCUGCCCCUCGAUCAUUCAGCCUUGUUCACACUGGUUCCUGAGGAUCUACCUUACAGUACAGUAGAGGAAAUGGUAGGCCUACUGCCCGUUGGUGUGGAUGCCUUUGGCUCAUUCAGCUUCUUCACCAAAUAUGAGCUGAUCAUUGAGAAUUUCACAGUUCCGGCUGGAACAGAGCUGACCCUUCUAUCUGUGGAGCUCAAUGAGGAUGAGGAGAGGUUUGCUCGCUGCAGGCUGACAGGCCAGCUUCAAGUCUCUGCAGAGGUGUGCAUUCCCCUCUCAUGCCAUGGAGAAUUUUAUGAAUGUCAGAAUGACCGUGGUUAUUCCCUUCAUGAGAUUAUGUACUCAGACAGGCUGUGCAGGAGACGCUUCUAUAAGGCAAAAUCAAAGAACUCUGACAACCCUCUGUUUUUCAGUCCAGUCUAUCAAAUCCAAGGCAUCAUGCACAUGAGAAAGAACAUAGUGAAGUUUCCCUCCAGCUUGGAAGUGGAUGUAAUUGACGUGACGGAACAGUGUAAACAUUUAACAUUUGUGACUCCGCUAUCUCUAGCUGAGGUAGUUGCUCAGCCAAGGGAGGCCUUCCCUACUAUGGCAGAGAUCUUGGAGGGACCUGAGGCUAAUCCAUUCUUUUGCUGCAGCUGGUUUAAAGAGCUACAAAAAUGCAAGCAUCUUCUGCUACACAGGUGCAAUAAAACAAAGAUGGUGUUAGCAUGUACUCCAAAGGGGAGAAAAACACAGCAGUACUUCCUGAUUUCUCAGGGCUAUGGUGGCCAAUUACGGAGAAGAGCAAGGGAGUUUAGCUCAGUGUAUGAAGUGUAUGUGGCAUUCUGUAGCUCUCCAGGACUGAGAGUAUCUGUCACAAGGCAUUGUGAGGCAGUUGAGGAGGAAGAAGUGCCUGCUCUUAGUGUUGGGGAACAGCUGGAGGUUCUGAGACUGCAGACAGCAAACAGGUCAGAAACCAAGUUGGAUGCUGGACAGUGUGUGGACAGGCUGAUCUGCAGAAGAAUUGAGGACGAAGAUGAUGAUGAUGAUGAUGAUGAUGAUGAUAAUGAAGAGAAUGAUGGAGAAAGUGAGGUCUGCCUCCCUCUAUUUACUCCAGCCAAUUUUGUUGAAAAACUUUCUGACAAGAAAAAAUAUGUUAUAGCAGAACUGGGCAAGAAAUUCUCCUUUCCUCUGGACGUCAAAGUGGUAAAUCAAGAUAAAACACUGGACAAAGAUCCACUGGGAGGUUUAGCGGCUCUGAGAUUGGAAGAAACUCUAGAAGAGACCACUGUGCUUGUCAGCUUGCCUGACACUCCAGAGCGGUGCUUCGAAUUGCCUGUUCGUUGGCUGAAACUCUCUCUUUCCUUCACCUCAGACCCUUUACCCUGGCCUGAUUGCAAGAACCCAGAGAUUUACCAACAGACUGUCACUGAGGUAACAGAGCAUUUCUACCAUGAAUAUCAUAAGCUUACUGAAAAACCUAUGGCUCCCCCUCCUCCACGUCCUCCUAAGCGCAAAUCACUGAGCUUGCAAUCACAGAAAGUGUGUCCAGUGCCUAAAGAUUCCAAUCUGCACAUUAAGAGUAGCUUACCCAGUGCAAAACCAGAGAGUUCACCUCUGUUCACAAAACGUGGGCCAGCUCCACCGGCACCAGAUGAAACAGAUGAUGUACCCCCUCCUUUGGUUCCUAGAAAGUCUGUUACAGAGAAUCUGGCCAUUCUUAAUACAUAUACAAAAUCCCCAAGGAAGCAGCCUGAAAAAUCUCAUAAACCAGCAAGAAAGUCAUCGGACAGCGAUCAUGACUAUGAACCUGUGGAAGACAUGCUAAAUGCUCUUGAUCAUAUCAUGUUUUACUAGACCUUUAUCAGCUUGGGGGAAACAAAUGACACCAAAAGCCACACAAGAGAUAAGCACCUCCUUUAUGUGGUGUGAAAUGUACAAUGUACAAAAUGAGAUUGUAUUUAAACUUCCUUUUUAUCUGUCUGUAAGAAAAUGAACAAAUGUAAAGAAGAAAGACAGACUUUUACAAGUUAUUACCAUUUAUUUAGGAAUAUAAAUGUUUUAAAGGACACCGUGUACAUUAAUAUUAAAAUGUAUACCAAAAGAUA